AUAGGAAUCAUUACAAAAAAAUCUCUCUAUAUAAAUCGGUUUUUUCACUAUUCUCCUGGUUUUUUUUGUUCUUUAUUUGUUUGUUUUGUCCGUUCAACGAUAAUUGAAAACAAAAAAUGAAAUUCUUAACAUCAUCAUCGUUUAUAUUGUUGGCCAUGUUUGGCAUAACAUUGGCCUAUACCGUUCCAAUUGCCAAUGAUGGUCGUGAUGAUUUGGUUAAAAAAUGUGAAGAUUUAAUCAAAGAAGCACAAGAUGCUUUGCAUAAAUAUCAACCAAAUCAACGUAAUCAUAAAGAUAGAGAAAUGUUGGAAAAUGAAACAUUUAAACUACAUAUGUUGAUCGAUAUAAUACGUGAACAUAAAGAUGAUUCAAAUUUACAAUAUGUAACAUUAGAAUAUAAAACAUCGAAAGCUAAAAUUGCUAAAAUGAUUGAAAAAUUGAUUGACGAUGAGAAUGAAAUUACAACAAUGCCAACAACAACAAAAACAAAACCAACAACAACAACAAAACCAACAACAACAACAAAACCAACAACAACAACAAAACCAACAACAAAACCAACAAUUACACCAUCAACUCAUAUCGAUAAUGUUGGUGAUGGUCGUGAUGAUUUGAUUAAAAAAUAUGAUCAAUUAAUUCAACAAGCAAAAGAUGCAUUGAAAAAACAUCCAUCGAAUACAAAAAAUCAAAAAGAUUAUGAAAUGAUUGAACAAGAAAUCUAUCAAAUGAAACAAUUAAAAGAAUUUGUACAUUUUCAUAAAGAUGAUAGUAAUCUACAAUGGGAUAAUUUACAAUAUCAAACACAGAAGAAAAAAUUGGAAGAAAUGAUUAAAAAAUUGGAACAAGAUGACAAUGUGCCAACAACAACAACAACCGGUGCAUCGGAUAUUAUUGCCAAUGAAUUUGAUAAAGAUUACAUGAUUGAACGAUGUGAUGUUGUUUUGAAACGAGCACAACAUGCAAUGGAUACACAUAAACAAACUGAAGAAAAUAAACCGAUUAUGGAUAAAUUAUUAAAAUGUGUUAUUGGUUUAACACAAUUAAAAAGUUCAAUUCGUUUAUCAAAAUCCGAAGCAAAUUUACAAAUGGAAGAAUUAUAUCUGGAAACAUAUGAAAAAAUGGUACCUGAUUUGAUUAAAAAAUUGGAUAAUCCAAAAACAAUCGCUACUACUAAUGAUGAUGAUGGUGAAAAAGUAAUUAAUGAAAGUAAACGAUUAAUUGAACAAGCUGAAUUAUUACGUCAACAACAUCAUGCAAUUUCCUAUCAACAAUAUAAACAACUUGGUGAUCAAUCCGAUAUUCUUCGUCAUUUGAUUGAUGAAAAUCAAAAAAUGCGUGAUUUAUUGCCAUAG